UUGCACAGACGUUUCUCAGGCAGGAUGUCUCUUCCAGUUUGCUUUGCUUGCUGGGUCGCUUUCCGUACGCUCCGUUCCUUGGUCAUUAUGGACACGAGUGCUGUUCUAUCCCCACCUUCCACCUGUUUUGGAAUGGACUGCACUGCAUUGUCCUGAUGCAUUUAACUGGAAAAGGUUUCUUUGCACAUGCAGUAGGGCACGGAUUUAUUGUGUGCAGGUAAAAAUAGGGCUUCUAUACAAAGGCAAACUCUUCAAUUUUCACAAUACUAAUAUAUUUUCCGUUGGUAUGGGGUGCAUAUAUUAGAUCUUGCAUUGUUUAAUAUUUAGAAACAAGAAAAAUCUUGGUCGAAAAAGUCCUUAGAACCGAAGGUGUUUCAAUGAAAAUGUUCCCUAUAGCACUCGAACAUCAGAAUGAGGAUGAGCUUCCAGAGACUUACGUCUGGCAUUUCAUCAGACCACCAAAGCACGACAGUGCACGUAGUGUGACAAUUCAAGAGUCAGAGCAACGUGUGCAGAAUAAUAACCUAACGUUUUCCCUUCCACAUACCUGCACUAUAAAACGCAUGACCACUCUCGAUCGAAGUCCACGAAUAAGCGUUUGAAUCAAAGGGAUUCUUCCAUGAGUGAGGAAGAGAUGCUGAACUCAAGUUUUGGCCAAGGUGAGCUUCGUCAACAUGCUGAAGCACAUCGCGCAUUUCCGUCUUUGAUCGAAAUUAAAGGAGGAAUCAGUUCACCACCUAAUGCUCUUGCUACCUAUACAUCUGAAUGGGAUAUGGCGAAGAUUUCGGUGCCAAGGCGAUUUCUUGAAGGAGAGAAAGUAGAGGUAAAACAAAGGGAGAAAGGUUUGCGCGGCGCUUGGUUUGAAGCAGUCAUCGUCGGAGUUCUGCCCGGCAAAAGAAUCGUCGAGUACGAUGAGUUGUUGACGGACGAUGGAUCUCGGAAACUUCGUGAAACCAUAGGAGUGAGUGCUCUUUUCGAUGGCGGGAGUCUCUCGACGACUUCGAUGAAAUCUGCAGCAAGAACAGCGAAGCAGACGAUCAGACCUCGUCCCAAGCCUCUUGAAUAUCCCAGACCCCUUUCGUGGCUCAAAGGAAUGUGGGUCGAUUGUUGGUACGAGGAUGCGUGGUGGGAAGGCAUUCUGGUAGAUGAUGUCACCUCAACAGAUGCCAUGGAAGGAAGCCAUCUGAUUCUGACUCCCAGCACUGAAGUGGAGGUGGAUUUUCCUGCGGAGUGUGAGAUUCUGAAGAUUCCCAUCAAGGACAUGAGACUAACACAAGAUUUCCAAGACGGCGGAGAUUGGAGUCUUCGCGAAGCAGAUCUCUCAGGCUAUCGUUCUUCUCGACUAGGCAAGCGAAAGGCGCAAAUGGACUAACAGCGAUAUCGCACUCACGAGUCUCAUUACAGACGUUAUGUUGUUAUAGCUCUGAAUUUUUCAUUUCACUGCAAUAAGGCUUUACUCUUACCAGUGAGGCAUGUUCCCUUAGCGUUUUGGUACCUUCCAGAGAAAUAUACUACUUUUCUAGCUCCCAGUUGUAGCCAGUUUAUGACAUUUUUUGUAUCUGUUUAUUUGGAGAAUGAUUGAAGGUUGUAUAAAUAUGAUAAA